UGAAAUCCCGCUCCACCCAACGGUCGAAAUGCAGAGACGAUAAGUAUUCAUCUACCGCCACUAAAAGCUUCAUCAGCAGUUACAGAUCUCGUCGGAGAAGAUCAAGCGAUGGAUUUCCACACUCUAACAAGAAGACAACUCCAAGCUCUCUGCAAGAAGAACAAGAUCCCCGCUAACUUGACGAAUGUCGCCAUGGCCGAUUCACUCAAAGCUCUUGAUCUCGUCGAGGGGAUUGAGGAGUUUUUGAUUGACCGAUCAAAAUGUGAAUCGGAGCAAUCCAACAUUGAAACGCCAAUUGCUCCUCGCACUGGCGGUAGAUCAUCUGCUCGACGGUUACCAAUCAAGGAAGAUGCAGUUAGUUCCCAGAUUGUGACAAGGACACGACGAGGGGGCAAAGACAAGGAAAAUGCGAAGCUGGACGUCAAUGAAACUCCAGCAGGACAGAGUUGUCGAAGAAGGGCUCCAAUCGCUCCAGUUCGGCCAAAGAUGGAGGCCCAGUUGGAGAUUGAGAUGGAAAUUGAAAAGAAAGAACAAUCGAAUCAAGGUGAGGAGAAAAAGGAUGUCCCUGAAACGCCAAUGGCAACUAAGGGCCAACGAUUGACUAGGGCUACGCGUUCUUCAACUCUAGUGGGUGGGAAUCAGAAGGUGGAGACUUGUACGAAGAAAGUCAGCACUCGUACUCGUAGAAGUACAAGAUUAUUGGAAAAUAAAAUGAUGGAGCUGAAUUUGAAUGAUGAUGAUGAGAUUGAACAUAUGAAGCUCGACGUUGCAUCUGAUAAUGUAGUCCAGUUAUUGGACGAUAAGGGAACUGAAAGCCAGACAAUUGACGAAGAUGUUCCUAGUAAAGUAGAGACUCUGGUUGCUCCAUCUGAAGGAGUUGAAGAACAAGAAGAAGAUAUUCAAGAGAGUAAGGGAGACGAAGAUAUUCUGAAUAAAACCCAAAAUUCAGAAGAUUCUAGUCACACCUUGGAUGUGGAACCUGAAGAAACUGAAGAGAAUGUCCAUGCUAGUGAAAUCGAGAGUUAUGAAUUAUCUGACCAGAGUUUGAAUGUGGAGCCAGUCUUUGAAGAACUUAAAGAAUUCAUUCAAGAGAGUAAGGGAGACGAGGAUAUUCUAAGUAAAACCUUGGAUGUGCAACCUGAAGAGGUUGAAGAUGAUGUUCAAAGGGUUGAAGAAACUGAAGAAGUUGAAGAUGAAGUUAAAGAGAUUGAAGAAGCCGAAGAGGCUGAAGAUGGUGUUCAAAAGGUUGAAGAAACUGAAGUGGUUGAAGAGGGUGUUCAAAAGCUUGAAGAAACUGAAGUGGUUGAACAUGGUGUUCAAAAGGUUGAACAAACUGAAGUGGUUGAACAUGGUGUUCAAAUGGUUGAAGAAACCGAAGAGGUUGAAGAUGAUGUUCAAAUGGUUGAAGAAACUGAAGAGGUUAACGAUGAUGUUCAAGAGAUUGAAGAAACUGAAGAGGUUGAGGAAGAUAUUCAAGAGGUUGAAGAUGAUGUUCUAAUGGUUGAAGAAACUGAAGAGGUUGACGAUGAUGUUCAAGAGAUUGGAGAAGCUGAAGAGGUUGACGAAGAUGUUCAAGAGAUUGCAGAAACUGAAGUGGUUGAAGAAGUGGAAAAUGUUGAAGAUGAUGUUCUAAUGGUUGAAGAAACUGGAGAGGUUGAUGAUGAUGUUCAAGAGAUUGGAGAAGCUGAAGAGGUUGACGAAGAUGUUCAAGAGAUUGAAGAAACUGAAGUGGUUGAAGAAGUGGAAAAGGUUGAAGAUGAUGUUCUAAUGGUUGAAGAAACUGGAGAGGUUGACGAUGAUGUUCAAGAGAUUGAAGGAGCUGAAGAUGAACAAAAGGUUGAAGAAACCAAAGAUGUUGAAGAUGGUGUUCAAAAGGUUGAAGAAGCCGAAGAGGCUGAUGAUAAUGUUAAAAUGGUUGAAGAUGUUGUUCGAGAGAUUGAAGAUGAUGUUCAAAAGGUUGAAGAAAUUGAAGAGGUUGAAGUUGAUGAUCAAAAGGUUGUUCAAGAAGUUGAAGAAACCGAAGAGGCUGAAGAUAAUGUUCAAAUGGUUGAAAAUGUUGUUCGAGAGAUUGAAGAAACUAAAGUGGUUGAAUGUGAUGUUCAAAUGGUUGAAGAUGUUGUUCAAGAAAUUGAAGAUGAUGUUCAAAAUGUUGAAGUUGAUGUUCAAGAGGUUGAAGAAACCGAAGAGGCUGAAGAUAAUGUUCAAAUGGUUGAAGAUGUUGUACGAGAGAUUGAAGAUGAUGUUCAAGAGGUUGAAAAAAUUGAAGAGGUCGAAGUUGAUGUUCAAAAGGUUGAAGAAACCGAAGAGGCUGAAGAUAAUGUUCAAAUGGUUGAAAAUGUUGUUCGAGAGAUUGAAGAAACUAAAGUGGUUGAAGAUGAUGUUCAAAUGGUUGAAGAUGUUGUUCUAAUGGUUGAAGUUGAUGUUCAAAAGGUUGAAGAAACUCAUGAGGAUGACCAUGUUAGUGAAAUGGAGAGUUAUGAAGUAUUUGACCAGACUUUGAAUGCGGAGCCAGACAAUUUGCUUCAGGAAGGAAUCAAAGAAGUUGUAGAAGAUCUUCAAGAGAGUAAGGAAGAUCUUGUCAGUAAAAUCGAGAACUGGGAUGUUUCUAGUCAGAAUUCGAAUGUGCAAGCUGACUGGGUUGAAGAAGUAGAAGAUGAUGCCAAAAGUAUUGAGGACAACAAGAUAACCGUGGAAUUGCAAGAAAACAAUGAAGAAGACAUAUCGAAAACAACUGAGGGGUUCGAUGUUACAAUUGCCCAAUUGGAGGAUAAAGUUAAAGCCCUCCAAUUAAAUGAUGAAAGCAUUGAAAUGGGAUUUGAUGAUUUGGUAACUGGGGACAGAGAUGCUGAAAAAAACAUUGAUGUUGCUGCAAUUCAUGUGGAAUCGGUUAUUAGUCCAUUCAAGAAGCCAUCAUUAUCAUUAUCAUCAUCAUCAUCAUCAGGCCACGAGAGCUUCCACAUUUUGGAUGUUAACGAGGAGGAGGAGAAGAAGAAGUCGGAGCUUACAACAACAACAGAGGAGGAUGCGGUGAUGAUGAAGAAAGACUACAGUAUUUGUAGCUUGAGGCAGCUGAAGAAGGAAUUCAAACAAAUUGCUGCUGUAAACAACAAAGGAAAGAAGGAUGCUGUUUCAGAACAACUGGUUGUAACUGCAGCAAGACCAGCCUUGCAGGUCAUUUCAGAGAACUUUAAAAUGGUGGGAAACUAAAGAAAACAAGAUCUAGACCCUUUUUGGAGUUUCUUUUUUUAUUUCCUCUGAGUUGGUUUCUUGUAAUCUUGAGAAGGGGGGGAAGGUUCAAACCCUGGUUUGCCUAAAGCCUUCACUACUUAUAUUUCAAAACAAAUUACAAUCCAAUUAUGUUUCAAUAAAUAUGAUUUCAACUUUCCUUUUAAA